CCUAACUAUCCAUGCAAUACCAGGUCCUCAAAACAAGCACCUUCAUUUUUCAACCUUAUCCAUCGUCCAUUCUUAUCUUCCCUUCUUUCUCAUCUAUUUUCUUGCAAACCUAUAUAUAUUUAACCAACCGCAAAGCCCUUUCCCAAACACCAAACAUAUAAACCAUGCUUAACUCUUUAAACCGUCCUUCAUUCAUUCAGAAACUUUGCUGUAUAUUGUCACCCAAGAAGUUGGACAAGAAGCCAAUAUUAAUGAAACAUGCAGCAUCAACUGCCCCAGUCUCCACAACAACGUGCUCCAGUAAGUCUGGUGAGUUUGAGAGAGUCUUCCAUUACUUUGAUGAGGACAAAGAUGGGAAGAUAUCCCCCACAGAGUUGCGCAACUGCAUGAGAACUGUAGGUGAGGAGCUGUCUGCAGAAGAUGCUGAAGCUCUUGUAGUGUCCACAGACUCAGAUGGUGAUGGAUUGUUAGGUUUUGAAGACUUUGUCAAGCUUGUGGAUGUUGAAGGGGAGGAGGAGAAAAGGAGGAACUUGAGAGAUGCUUUCAAGGUGUAUGAAAUGGAAGGCAGGGAUUGCAUCACACCAAAGAGCCUUCGUAGAGCUUUGAGCAAGCUUGGAGAGUCUAAGACUGUGGAGGAAUGCACCAAGAUGAUCAACAGAUUUGAUAUUAAUGGAGAUGGUGUUCUUAGUUUUGAGGAGUUCAGCCUUAUGAUGCUCUAGAAAAUAAAAAAAGUUCAGUAAAUACACAUGUUUAUUGAUUUGUUCUUUAAUUCUUUGUAAUAAGGUUCAUACAUGUAUGAAUUGGACAUUCUUUGGGGAUUCAAUCAGUACUCUGAGCAUGAGAAAGUUCCCAAUAUAUAUUACUGUAUAAAAUUAAUAUUGUGUUUGAAUAGUGAAUUCCAGAAACUUUGUCAUGAUAA